UUUAAAAAGUGUUUUUAUUGAGUGUAUUUUUUUUCUCCAUUUAAUUACAUAAACACAUAUCUACAUAUGUCCGUCGGUAUAGCUUUGAACUGAAGCCUAUACUUCCUAUACGAUUACAAUCAGCUUCGGAAUCAACGAAAUUCAAAGACCUUCCAUUAAGCUAAUCCACAGUGUUCUGAACAAAUUUAACCGUGAUAGGAUAAGCAUUGUUCUGACCUGAUUGUAUGGUGAUAUGUAUUUAAAUAAUGGCACGUUUUUCAAUUAGCUGUUAGGGAUACAAAGUGGACCCGACUGCCGUCAGAGGUUGGUAUAAUUUACUUGUCUUUGUGACAGCCGACAUUCCUUAUUUACGCAGGCGAUUUCCGCGGUACGACUAAAUCAAGCCUUUCUUUCCGCUUUCAGGUUCAUGGAUGUCGAUAAAAUCUCUAACAAUCAAAUUUUCAACAAAAAAAAAUGCCAAGUUAGUGCUUUGGAUUUAAAAAACGGAAAGGAAGGACAUGAAUAUAUCAGAGAACACCAACACUACUGGAGGAAUAGUUGAUGAAGCAGCAAGGAACGCAACCUUGACGAUUUUUGUUUUGACUUUUGUGUUCGGUUCUACAGGAAACCUACUCGUUCUUUUGGUUGUCGCCAAGAAACACACUCGGACAAUCAACGAUACGUUUAUUGUGCAUCUGGCGAUUUCUGACCUGAUUUUUAUUUUCUUGUGUUUGCCAGUGUUUAUUUACAUGCAAGUGUCAGAUUUCCUUGGAUCGUUAGUGUAUUGUAAGAUUAUCUGGCCCAUGAUGACUGUUUCGUUUUGCGCGGGGAUUUUCACGGUGACCUUGAUGGCGGUUCAUCGCUGCAAAGCAAUACUUCGUCCUUUCGACAGUACGCUUGAAAAGAGACAGCUGGUUCUGGGUUUUGGGGCAAUAUGGGUUCUUUCGUUUCUUGUAGCACUACCAUUAAUCAUCGUCGCUGGAGUGGGACCCUCGGGUGCAUGUCACGAAGAUUGGCCGUCAAACGAUCAUAAGCGAGCCUACACCGCUGUAUUAGCCGCACUCCAAUACUUUGUUCCGCUCAUAAUCAUCGCUGUGGCAUACAUCAGAAUCGUUGGAGAACUUUUCCUCUCAAAGCGACGCAGUUCUUUUACUUCACCAGCAAGAACAGUCGAGGAAGCAAGGAAACAAGAAAACAAAAAGAUUGCAAAAAUUCUUACAACCAUAGUUGUUUCGUUUGCCGUCUGCAUGCUGCCCACCCAUGUGGCAUGGUUGUUAGUUGAUUUUGGCGGCAAAAGCGAGCAGGAUACAGCACAAGUUAUUUUCAAGUUUUCCGACUUGUUGGCGGUGUUUCAUAGUUGUUUAAACCCAGUGAUUUAUGGAACAGUAACUCGUCAGUUUCGCCAGGAUUACCUCAGAUAUCUUUCUUUUCUUUUUUGUUGUAACAAGACAACCUAUUUACCAAAAACGUGCCAAAAAGGUUGUUGUGUUUGCAUGAUCGAUCACGAAAGGCAAAGGGCGGAGUACAAUACAUGCACUAGAAAUGAGCACACUGCUAAAGAUCCGCUGGAAAUGAACUAUCUAGGAACCAUUCAGUCGAUCAAUCUCAUCUCAGAAGUAGUCUAACUUUUAUCUUUCACUCAGCAGCUUGUUUGAUAUUAGAUUUAAUGUGGUAUUGUAUUUUUUUUUUCAGUUCAGUGGAUGAGGGUAUGUAGGUCAGUAAAAUGAAUUUUAAAAAAACAGCUGCACUUCUAUUGUUCAAAUUACAACUCACUUGACUUAAUGCAUUGACAGAAGCGCUGUGUGAGGAUUUUGUCCAAUCAAUUACUGACAAAUGUUUUCAGCUCGCGAACGAUUAAUUUAUUGAGUGAUUUAUCAUAACCAUGAAUUUAACCAUGAAAGAGCCUCCAAGUUUCUUGUUGACUGGCUUGUUUUGCCUUGGCUGGUUGUACAGUUCUGUGGCAUUUCCCUUUCUCAUUGGUAAAGAUUCUUCACCAUCCUAGGGAAUUGGCGACCAAAACAGCUAUAUGUAAAAUAAAGGCACCCUGUUCAACGUACUUGAAGAGAUCAAGUGUGGUCCUCUGCCCCUCCUAACUUGAAGUGGUUGAUAUCUAUAUCAUUGUGAUCCAAAAGAUGUAACGUUUAGGCCUGCUUUGGUUUCUUUGUUGGUUUUUGUUGUGCUUCCAUAGUACCUUAAUUCAAAUUUAUUAGGUAAACGUAACAGAAGUGAUAUUUUUCUAGAAAAGCACACUCGUUUAGUAACAAUUACGAGAACACGAGAAAACAUAAGAAACAUAAGCCAUCUUGUCAUGAAAACGUACAUAGUUGGAAUAGCUUACCUGGUAUUAUUGAUUGUUUUUCCUGGUUUUUUAUAGGGGGAUGGGUGGUGGAAGCGAGGGGGAUACAGUAAUAUUUCUGUUUAUUUCAUUUUAGUCUGUGGAGCACAGGGGUCCAUGUUGCUGAAAAUGUUUCUGCACCUAUCCAGAUGUCAGGAUGCCUAAAGGAUUCGUUUCCCUUAUCCACUCUAUUGUCUGAAGGUGGCGAAUGCUCACAUUUUCCUCCCCGUCGCUCAACUGCUACGAAAAAGGUUUAAGCAGAGUUACAACAAGAAUGAGCAAAAGUUUAACGUGGUGUCUGAAGUGCGAAUUUCCCCUCAACGGAUGUGCUCACAUCCACCGAGCAUAAUUAUCUCCGUCGCCAUUACCACUCCUCCACGUGAUGAUUAUAUAAUAGUAAAUUAGAAUCAUGUUGUAGCUAAUUUACAGAUAUAGAAAAGUUUCGGGGUUUUUUCUUGUAUUUCAUUACCCCCAGAAAGGAGUUAAAAGUUUAUGGAAUUACUGAGAUAGCAGUGUCACUAGUAUAGUAAGGACUGUUUAUGGAAUAUUCUUUAUCCAAAUUAUUUUACUGUCACGUUGUUGAAUGGCUCGAUGUAGAAAAUCCUUAUACCUGUCAUUUGAAGUCGAUUUCCAUUCAUCGAAAGGUGUGCUAAUCAUCCCACGAUUUUAAGGAGGGCUUGAGAACAUACUAAUCUUCAAAGAAGUGAUAGGCACUAAAUUGCGUAACAGACUCUCUGCGAUAUUUUAGAUAAUCUUAAUUGAGUACAAAAUAGUCCAUUUUUUGGUGGUGUUUGAGUAAAUUUUGCUUCAGCUCCAUUCAAUUGAGAGAUUUAUAAAAGAAAACUUCGUGAACGAAUUUUUUUUUACGCUUCUCCUUGUUUAAUACACAAACGCCAGACUAAACCAUGGGCACGCAAGGCGUGCAAGGGUUAUUUUUUU